AUGGCGUUAUUACCACUUCUGAUCAUCCCCGGUGAUGUGAAGACGUGCGUGGUGGCCCUGUCUUACCUCGUCUACCCAGCUCUCGGCAGUUUGUUGCGGGCAGGGACAAUGUUGGAUGAGGAGGAGAAUCAGCAGUGCCUCUACGAUUGUACGGGUGGGGUGGCUUCUGCUGCUUAUAUGAGACACAUUAGUUCGAUUGCGGACGUCAGACGACCUUUUUUCUGUAUUUCUAAGAAGAAUUGA